AUGAGUGAAAGUCCUAAAUCUGAUAAUUAUGAGGUGAAAAAACAUGGAAGAAGGGAAAAAUUGGAGUAUUCAGAAGGAAACCAGAAGCGUAAGAAAAACAAUAACAUUCACAGUAUGCGGUUCAACAAACUGAAUUCCAGAAGCAUCCAGAAAUAUGAAUCGAGAAAGAGUCAUAGUGAAAAUAAUCGAAAUUCUUGGAAAUCGAAUGUUCUGGAUAAAAGGUCAUACAAGAUAUGCAAACACGUGGAACUGAUCAGAAGACAAGCACGACAUGAAAAGCGAAUACUGGAAGAAUGGAAUUCUGUUAUUAGCGAUCUGGGAGAACGAUGUCAUUCGGUCAGUUUCGAACGAUUGAAAUUGCUUCUGAAUGGUAAUGAUUAUUCCUACGUUCUUGAACUUGAAAUACUAUUGAUGUUAUUACACACCACUGAUGGUAUCAAUUCCACUAAUGAUUCUUCAUGCCUAAAUCUAAUUUGA